AUGUGGAAAACACAGAGAAUGGAAGGCAAACUCCCGUGUCUCCUCUUACUGCUGGGAGCAUUCACCACUGUUCAGUGCCAGGGCUUCCGCACGCGUUUCAAACGGGGAGCCAGAUCUCGAGCCAUUUGCACAGACCACUCAUCUGGAGAGAUUUACCAGCACAGGGGGACCUGGCUGAGACUCUCAGGGAGCAGAAUAGAAUACUGUAGGUGUGACAGCGGUUGGAGUCGCUGCCACAGCGUGCCCAUCAGAGACUGCACUAGAAACAAAUGCUUCAACGGAGGACAGUGUUCCCAGGCGUAUUACUCCCCCCAGCUCUUUGUUUGCCAGUGCCGCCAAGGCUUCUCGGGGAAGCAGUGUGAAACAGACACUGCAGUUAAGUGCUACCAAGACACUGGAGUAACAUACAGGGGCACAUGGAGCACAACGAAGAGCGGGGCUGAAUGCUUAAACUGGAAUACGAAUGGACUGAGGGACUGGAAGUACAGCGGCCAAAGAGAGGACGCUGCUGAGCUGGGACUGGGCAACCACAACUACUGCAGAAACCCCGAUGAGGACUCCAAACCUUGGUGCUACAUCUACAAAGGGGGAAAGUACAGCUGGGAAUAUUGCAGUGUGCCUUCCUGUUCAAAAGUUGGGAACAUCAACUGCAAAGCUGGAAGAGGCACAGAUUACAGAGGCAGCCACAGUGUCACCAGCUCUGGAGCUACCUGUUUGAGGUGGAAUUCUCGAAUCCUUGCCAACAAAUUAUAUACCGCUUGGAGAAGAGAUGCUUACCAGCUGGGCCUUGGUAGUCACAAUUUCUGCCGGAAUCCUGACAAUGACAGCAAGCCUUGGUGCCAUGUGCUGAAAGGAAACCAGCUCACCUGGGAGUUCUGCAACGUGCCUACUUGCUCCACCUGCGGCUUAAGGCAGCGCCGCGGCCGCCAAUUCCGGAUCCAGGGCGGCUCCCGCGCGGACAUCACCGCUCACCCCUGGCAAGCUGCCAUCUUCGCCAGGUACCGCCGGGCGCCCGGCGAGCACUUCCUCUGCGGGGGAAUCCUCAUCGGCUCCUGCUGGGUGCUCUCAGCGGCUCACUGCUUUCAGGACGGCUUCAGUGCAAGUCAGCUGAAGAUUGUGCUGGGCAGGAAUUCUCGAGCAACUCCUGAGGAGAACGAACAAAAAUUUGAAGUGAAGAGAUACACCAUGCAUCCAAAAUUUGACUCCGAAAACUUUGACAAUGAUAUUGCUCUGCUGCAGUUGAAGUCGGACGCGGAGGAAUGCGCUGCUGAGACGAACGUUGUCCGGGCUGCCUGCCUGCCCACAUCAGAACUGCAGCUGCCCGACUGGACCGAAUGCGAGAUCUCUGGUUAUGGCAAAGAUGAGGAGUUUUCUCCCUUUUACUCAGAGCAUUUGAAGGAGGGUCACGUCAGACUGUUUCCAGCCAGGCGGUGCACAACGCAGCAUCUGGACAACCGGACAGUUACAGAGAACAUGUUGUGCGCCGGAGACACGAGGAACCUUGAUGAUGCCUGCAAGGGUGACUCUGGAGGGCCGCUGGUCUGCAUGAAGGACGAGCGCAUGUAUCUGAUCGGCAUCGUCAGCUGGGGAAUAGGCUGCGGCCGCAAGGACAUGCCCGGCGUUUAUACAAACGUGACUCGCUACCUCGACUGGAUUCAGGACAACACCAAACCCUGAGGACAAAAAACAAACUCUCCAAA